CCCGAACGCAAUCUUUUUCCAUCCAAUAGGCUCGCAGCGGAGGCGCCUGUCCAGUUUACCUCUGAAUGAGGGACAACGGCAAAGGGUUUUGCCGCAGUUAACCACUUUGGUGCAAUGGCAGGUGAAUCAAAAGCUACAAGUAAUCCUUUGGAACAGUUCAUUUUGUUGUCUAGGAAUGCCAAAGGUUCAGCAUUGACAACCCUUAUUAAUCAAGUUCUGGAGGCCCCUGGGGUUUUUGUAUUUGGUGAACUUCUGGAAACGCCUAAUAUACAGGAGCUGGCUAACGGAUCACAUGCUGCCUAUUUUGAAUUGUUGAAUCUAUUUGCAUAUGGAACAUAUCCAGACUAUUUAGCAAAUAAGGGGAAUCUGCCUGAAUUAACAUUAGCUCAGAAGAACAAGCUGAAACAUCUCACCAUAGUAAGCUUGGCUGCAAGAAUGAAGUGCAUUCCUUAUUCCAUGCUUCUGAAAGACCUUGAUAUAAAAAAUCUCAGAGAACUGGAGGAUUUAAUUAUUGAAGCAAUUUAUACAGAUAUAAUACAAGGCAAACUUGAUCAGCGCAAUCAACUACUAGAGGUUGACUUUUGCAUUGGUAGAGAUCUCCAAAAGCAAGACAUCAGCAACAUUGUUAAAACUCUUCAUGAAUGGUGCGAUUGUUGUCAAGCAGUUCUAUUAGGGAUUGAGCAGCAAGUCCUUCGUGUAAAUCAGUACAAAGAGGGCCACAGAAAAACUCAGCAACAGGUAGAAACAGAGGUGGCAAAUAUAAAGAAGACUUUAAAGGCAACUGCUUCUACCUCAGCACAAGAUCCUGAUCAGCAUCCUAUGGAUCGUGAUACUCCACAGCUUGUUGAACAACGUCCAUCAAUAAAGAAAUUGUCAAAAGCUAAGAGUUUAUCAUCUAGUCGUCAUUAGAACAAUAUAUUUUCAGAAUUAUCCAGGACUCUUAAGAAAACUGAGAAGAAAUGAAAAUACAAUGAACAGUGCAAUUCGUCUCAUAAACAACACUUGAAAAAGAUUUAAGUAACUUUUCCUGUGCUUUUGAAAUCUUUUUGUAAUAUAUAGUUUUUUUUUUAGUAGGAAUCUCAGGUGACUACUGAAUCAGACUUUCUUAUUAAAGAGACAAGUUACAAACUGACUUCUGAAGUGAUGUACAUGCAAUAAAGCUUAAUUACUCACUUCAGUGAGUGAGAAGCCAAAAUGGUAUGGUGUAGGCAGAAUACUACAAAAAUUGCUGUGCUGUGGUUUAAACAUCUCUAGUAUUGGUAGAUUCUGAAAAUACUCUAGUAGGAACAAAUAGCAUGUAUUUUAUCAAAGACUUAAGGUCAAAUCUUGUGCAAUAAUCUCAAAAUGCUGCACUAGAAAAGAGUAAUGACUGCCCAAAACACAUUAUUAAGAUAAACACAGGGGUUCAUUGUAGUUAAUUGUGUCUUUGACAAUACAGUAAAUAUUUCAAAAAUUUGUUUUGAAUGCCAGUUCUCAAACUGAAGUUGCUAACUGUAAAAACUGGACACUGCCAUCUGAAGCAAAUUGUGUUUUUGUAAUAAUUAGUUAUUAUUCAGAUAGUUUGUGGAUAUGGAAUCAUGAGUUCUAUUCCAAAAAUGUGGUUGCUUUUAUUCAAUGAAAACUAAACUAAUUUAUAAAACUGA